AUUAACUUGCUACUACUAAAACAUGCCAAAUGUAACCUUGAGAACAAUCUCGUCUUUGAAUUUCAUCAUAGCAAAUGCCGCCACUACCACGGCCGGCGCUUUCUAUUUGUCCCACACCUCUUCCUUGCCGGCCAGUACUGUAAACUUAUAUGCUUCCUACCAUCUGCAUAGGAUUCUCCUCAUUUUCAGUAGGCAUCUAAAACGAAGCAUGAAGAAUACCGGCUGGAGGAUCCUUGGCAUGCCGCUCAAUCCCAAUGCUCGGAAAGACAGAGAAGAAGACCUUGAUUGGUCGGGAAAGAAAGGACCGGGUUAUGAAUUCCUCGCCGAAAACGAUAAGAACGAAUACGAUUGGUUUAAAACACCGCCGGUUACUCCUCUGUUUCCGUCGCUAGAAAUGGAAGCAAACGCCCCCCAGCUUAUCGUCCACCACGACCUCCCAAUCCUCCAAGCUCUCGCUCGGUUUGCAGGAAAUUCAGAGUUGCCCAAGGGAAUCAUCGGAGCACCGAAAUCUUCAAAUCAAAAAACGAAGGUUCUCUCAAGAUCCAUAACUCCUAGCUAUAGAGCCAUUAUGACCGAUCGUUCGACCUCUGCCACACGAAGCCGGCCGGCAACAAAGCCGGUAGUGGGUGCAAGUCAAAAGCCAGAACCCAUUGCCGCAAAGCCAAGAAGACAAUCGUUUUCGCCGAGUGUCACAAGAGGUCGCCGAGUGGAACCCAACAAUCAAGAGAACAAAGGAAAUGGAACCCAAAUCUUGGGGAGUAAGAUGGUGGAAAAGGUAAUGAACGCGAGGAAGUCAGGCGUUGAGGAAAGAGAAAGAAAGCAAAAAAUCACGAGAAUCCAUCAAUCUAAACAAUGGAUUCGUGAGGAUGACUGCUAAGAACUCACUGGACACAGCUCUCAAGCAUAUGGUAUGAUGAUUCUUCUUCGAGCUUUUUAGUUAAUAAUUUUUAGCAGUAACGCCAAAUUAGCCCCUACUUUCAGCUGUUUCGUGAUCAUAGCAUUUAUUAGCUUUCAUAGAGAGUGUUUGGUUUGGGUACAAUAAUUUAAAAUUAACAGU